AUAUGAAAGGUAGAUAGCAUUAGGUGUAAGAACGCAAAUAUGAAAUAUCUUUUAACUUUUGCUAUUGUCGCCGCUAUUGUUUCUGAGAUAUCUUGCGACAUUCCCAAUGUUUUUGAGUUUUGCUCUGCGUUGAUGUCCGACAGGAGAACAUCUUGUGACAAAAGCACAUGUCAAGGAAUUCCUGGUAAACGAGGUCAAAAAGGACCAAGCGGUUCAAGAGGAAUAAAAGGCGAUACCGGUGCGACUGGUUCCCCAAGAGAGCUUGAAGAAAAAGUAAAACGAGUUGAAGCUGCUCUGAAGAUCAUAACUUCAAGUAUACCAAGCGAAAUUAAAAAUGUUUGCGCUAUGGGAAUGAAAUCACGUGCUAUACCCGACUCUGCUAUCAGUGUAUCGUCCGAAUAUAGUCCAGAAUACAAUGGAAGGCAUGGUAGAUUGGACGAGCAGCAAUCGAGCGGAUUAAUGUAUGCGGCAUGGCAUCCUCAACCAAGUCAAAUUGGCGAAUGGUUUCAGGUUGAUUUUGGUGUCAGAAAAUCUGUAGCUGGAGUUGUUUCGCAAGGACGACCACCAUGCUGCAAUCAAUGGACAACGUCUUACAAAGUAAAAGUCGCAAAUUCAACAGAUUUGUUUCAGUCGGUCACUGAGAAUGGGUCAGACAAGAUAUUCAAAGCAAAUACAGACGAUAACACAAGGGUUACGAACAUAUUUCCGACUCCAAUAACAUGUCGAUACAUCAGGAUCUAUCCACAAACAUGGAAUAACGUGGCUGCGAUGAGAUUGGAAUUUAUUCGAGGAGAAUGUUUUAGUUUAUACUGAUAUCAGAAAGGAGAAUUAUUACGUCAAUAUCAUUCAUAUACCAAAUAAAAUAUACACAUCAACGUUACAAAAAAUACUGCAAAUGUUUGUAGUCCAAAUUACAAAAACGCGACACAACAGCAUACAAAAGAAGAACAUUAACUGUAAAUUGACAAUAUGUGUAUCAAAUUAGAAAGUAUAGUAGCAUACGACAUACGUGCUGUUCUGCUUUAAGAUAAAUGUAUUUUUUAUCCAUAGGUUUUGAAUAAAUAAAAAAUAGAGUGACUCAAUGAAAAUCAAAUUAUUUUACUUAUAUAAGCGAUCUAUAGUGAAUAUUUUCGUUUCUUCUAACGCUUAUUCAAUGCAAUAUGAUGAUUCGAUAUUUUGGAAUCU